AUGAGUGACUAUAUUUCGUCUCUAUUGAUUGAGCCCAUCUUAAGACACGCUCGCCGCUUCUCUCAGUUCCCUGAGCCAUCCGUCUUCGACGACGAAUCGGUCCCGCCUUCCCCGAGAACCUAUGACCUUGACGAACCUGCUCAAUCAGCACUCUUACAAUUUUCGAUCCCUUCAACGCAGAAACUGGAUAAUGAUGAUCCUCACUCAGUAACACGAAGCGCCUUCUUAGAUGCGGAUUUGGACUGUGUUCAAAGACGAGUGGUGGCAUGUAGGGCGUCGGGUUUCAAUGACGACUUGAGACGGACAAUGGACGAGUCCCAGAGACAACCAGUCACCGGCGGUGAAGAUGCUCGAGAACCUCAGUCACAUCUGGUGAUGGAUACUGAUACAGGGAAUCAUACCGAUCGACUGUCGGCGACAGGUACGGUAUCUACGCCCAACGAUGCGAUCAGCGAUCGAUAUCACAGCCCUAAACUGCGUGAACUGCCUGAGGAUGAUGGAAUGGCCGAUCUACGAAGGAGAAUACAUGCUAUAAGAGACAACGAUGCAAGCGGUAUUCAAAAAGCCCGUUUGAUUCAUUCCUUGAUGAUCGAGAGCUACGAAGCUGCACGGGCAACAUUCAGCGAACGACCGACAUCAUUAUCACAAUCUCCAACCCGCAUCCGAAGUCGCGAGCACUCAACAGCUUCCUCAUUACCAAGAAUCAGACGCCUUUCUAACAUGAGCUUCGAUGAUCUUAUAGAACGGAGUACGGCUGCAUCUGUUAGAGAAUACUACAAUGUAUCAACCGAAGAUUUAGAACCAACUUUUGCGCCAAAAGAUAUCGACCUUACUACGGGCAAUAUAGAAGAGUCGCCGGCUGCAAACCCUGUGCCAGCGAUUGAAAAUGAUGACAACCUUAGCAAUAGCGAUUAUGCGGACGAGGAUAUACAGGUUCUAGGCUGCCUACACUAUAAGCGCAACGUCAAGUUGCAAUGCUACACAUGCAAGAAGUGGUACACAUGUCGGUUUUGCCAUAACCAGAGCGAAGACCACGCUCUUGAACGUCAAAAGACAGAGAAUAUGCUCUGCAUGCUAUGUGGGCUGCCUCAACCAGCAGCACAAUGGUGCAAGGGAUGUGGCGAACGGGCAGCUUCAUACUUUUGUGCCGUCUGUAAGUUAUGGGAUAAUGACAGCUCGAAGAGUAUUUACCACUGCCAUGACUGUGGCAUUUGCCGUAUUGGACAGGGUAUCGGUAAGGAUUUCUACCACUGCAAGACCUGCAGUGUAUGCAUACCGAUAUCUAUCGAAAACACCCAUCGGUGCAUCGAGCGUUCAACGCAAUGUGACUGCCCGAUCUGUGGUGAAUACAUGUUCACCUCCCCAGAUACUGUCGUAUUUAUGAGGUGUGGACAUAGCAUUCAUCAGAAGUGUUACGACGAAUUUUCCAAAACCUCGUACAGGUGUCCAAUCUGCAGUAAGAGUAUAAUGAAUUUGGAGGCUCGCUUUAGGAACCUAGACCGCACAAUUGAAAGUCAACCAAUGCCGAUCGAGUUUGAAGACACAAGGGCCAUGAUAUACUGUAAUGACUGCGGUGCCAAGUCUAACGUACCGUAUCAUUGGCUUGGUUUGAAGUGCGAUUUGUGUGAAUCUUACAACACAGCACAGCUUCGCCUUCUCAGCGGUACUGACGAAACCAGCGAGUCUGAACUGGCUCUAAGAACUAGGGCCAUACCUGUGAAUAUACCAGAUUCAAGUUGCGACCCCAUGUCAGCCACAAGCUUGGGUGUUGAACCGUUUGAAAGAACGGAUGCCAAUGCUCGUUGGCGACCAUCCACUGCGACUUCGACUGAUGGACGCCCUCGUCAGCGUGCCGUGUCACCUACUAUUGGAAACUACUUCGAAAUGUCGCGAGACUCUACUUGGGCUGCAUCAAUUUUCUCUCGUCGUCAAAGUGAAGGUGGGAACGGGGAUGAGGAAGCUGGUUUUUGGGCCACUUCGCCUUUACGAAAAUAUACGUUUUUCAGGAAAAACAGCGGAUCGAGUGACGAGGAAAGUGAUAGCGACAAUGAAAGUGGAACUACUGAUGAGAUCGAAGAUGAAGACGACAACGAUGUGGAAGAGGAUGAAGAGGAUGAGAUAGAUGCCAUCGAGAUUUUUGGCCAUCGUUGA